UUGUCGGAGGAGGCGGGCAGGAUCUCGGCAGAUCUCAUUCUCCUUCUGCCGGUGUUUUCUACGGGUGUGUGUGUGUGUGUCGGUAUACGCACAUUAUCUUUCAUAUCUAAUGUGAGGGAUCGAUUUAGUCUCUUUUAAUCGCGUUUUCUGCCUCUCUAAUGGAGUGACCGCAGAUGCGCGGAUCUGGAACCCGUUAUCCCGGACAGAGACACGCUUUGUUCGGCCAGUAAAGAAAAACAAUCACGUCUACAAGCAAAAUGAACGACCCGGAGAAAGAGAAUAAAUCUGAUGAAGACUCGGAGUCUCUGGAGGAAGAAGAAGAGGUCGACCCGAGGAUUCAGGGAGAGCUGGAGAAACUGAACCAGUCCACAGAUAACAUCAACCAGUGGGAGACAGAACUGGAGGACUCCCGGCAGAAGUUUCGUGCUGUCCUGGUGGAGGCAACAGUCAAGCUGGACGAGCAGGUAAAGAAGAUCGGCAAAGCUGUGGAAGAAUCAAAACCAUACUGGGAGGCCAGAAGAGCAGCCCGACAGGCUCAGGUUGAAGCUCAGAAAGCCACACAGGAGUAUCAGCGGGCCAUCGAGAUCCUGCGGGCGGCGAAAGAAACCAUCGCUUUGGCAGAAGAGCGUCUGCUGGAGGAGGACAGCCGGCAGUUUGACUCGGCCUGGCAGGAGAUGCUCAACCACGCCACACAGAGGGUGAUGGAGGCGGAGCAAAGCAGGACGCGCAGUGAAAUGGAGCACAGAGAAACUGCGGCCAAAUACAACGCCGCCAUCAGCCACAUGAGACAGCUGGAGAAAAAGCUGAAGCGCACCAUCAACAAAUCCAGGCCGUACUUCGAACUGAAGGCAAAGUAUUAUUUACAGCUUGAGCAACUGAAGCGUCGGGUCGACGAGCGUCAGGCUAAACUCACCCAGGCUAAAGCUGAGUACCGAAGCGCCCUGAGGAACCUGGAGACCAUCUCAGACGAGAUCCACGAGCGGCGCCGACUGUCCGCCAUCGGGCCCCGGGGCCGAGGGGUCGGGGCUGAAGAUGACGGAGCCACCAGCGAUGACAUCACCAACUUCAAAAUGGAGUCUGACGGCAUCUCCAUGAUUUCUGUGAAUCUGGAGGAUGGCUGUAAUGGCACCACAUCAGAGGAGGAUCCGGAGACUUCAGAGUCCAGCUGCAGUGUGAGCUCCACAUCUGUGCCUCUGGAUAUGCCCUGCCCGUAUCCGUCCUCUGCAUCCCCUUACCCGCUGCUGUCCUCCUCCUGCCCAUACCCGUCCUCCGGCUGUCCUGAUCUGCUCCAGAUGCCCGGCUCCGGCUCUCUGGAGGGCUUCGAGCGUGUGUCUCCAGUGCUGGGCCCUCGCAGCGAGUGCAGCGGUGCCUCGUCUCCAGACUGCGAACAGGAGAGAGGUGAAAGGGCAGAAGGAGCAGAAGUCAAACCUGAACAAACAACCAACAUCAGCAGUCAGAAAAGCACAGAUCUGGAGAAGAGUCUUCGUAGUUUAUCUCUGCAAACCCCAGACGAAAACCACAACGAAAGCGAAACAGACGCUCAUUCAUUCACUGUGGGCUCCAACACACCAGUGCUGCUAAACAGUGUUUAAUACACACUCCACACACUAGACUGAGUUGUGUUGUGAAGUGUGUGAAACUAUACGAUCAUCUCAGUGUUACGGAGAAAAGCUCAUCAUCUCAGACUGGAUUAAAAACCCAUGACAGUAUUAAAGACCAACCCAGGUUCAUUAUGGACACGUACCCCUGUAUACAUUUUUGGAGAGCGCCAAAUUCGUCCCAGGAGAUAUGUCCCAGUUUUUUUCACGGUUUUUGUUUUCGCGAAUCCACCAGAGGCCACUGUGUACACAUUUUCAGAUCCUAAAUUUCUCUAGCGAGUGCCAUUCACGCCUGCUCUUCUUGCCUAAGUCCACCAGAGGCCGCAGUCAAAUGACUGACUGAUUGACCAACGAUCACCCCACCCUUCCCCUUCUAUAAACUCAACCGAUAGUGUUUUCAAAAACACAGAUUGACCCAAUUACCCCUUUCUAAAAACAAAAACGAUAGUGUUUUCAAAAGCAAUCCAGAAAAUGAAAAGCCCUUGCGUCCCCCUGAUUUUUACCACAUUUUCAGAUUUUACCACAUUCUCACCCUGUUAUUUACCUCUUUAUUUAUUUUUUGCCUUUUUUUUUUACCUGCUUUCUGGAACCGUUCUUCACCGGACUUGAACACUGUCUUCGUGGUCGACUCUGCAUCUUAAGUCCGCCGCCGUACGUGGCGAGCCAAUGGGCAAACUGAUUAACAGCGGGAAAGUCAUCCACACUGAGGUAAGCGGUCAGCUGGUAGCGCGAAAACAAACAGAAGCCAUCGGCGGCAUCAUACCGCCCUGCAGCAUUCGUUUUAAAGACGUAUCGCAGCCAUACGUACCUCUGGCUACAUAAUUCCCGCUCUCCAGAAAUGUAUACGGGUGUACAUAUUCACAAUGAGCCUGUGCUGCAACCUACCGACAGUUAUUAGACAUCAGCUAUGAAGUGACGGAAACCAUACUGAACAUUUUAGUCGUCAUUGAGUGGAUGUUCUUCAUGUCUUCCUCAAAUAUGCAUGUCCUGAAUACAGUGCCAUACACUAAUAUUGGUAUCUUUGCUAAAUGUGAUGUAAGAAAGCUGUGAAAAAAUGUCUUUAGUGUUUAACCUUUUGAUAUUUUGCUCAAAAUAUGAACAUUUCAUUGGGAACAAACCAAACUGCUUGAUUCUGAUUGGCUGAUGAGCAGUCUAAAGUGCACUGCUAUGUUCAGAUAAAGUAGUUCUGGCACGUUUUGAGCACAUUCACAGUCAAAAUCACAUCGAAACACAACAGAAGGGUUUGGAGGAGAUGUGGAAGAAACUAGUGCUACACACAGGAGACGCUUGAGGACAAAAACCUGACGAAUGUCUGAGAUACAACAUUUCAACAGUGGCUUUAGGUGUUUAACAAUAGUAUAAGUGGAAUAAUUGACUUCGGUGCAUUGACCAAGAUAUUUCUAAAGUAUAUUCUGAGUAGCUAUGUUUCCAUCCAAAAAUGCGAAUGAACUUCAUGCGCAAAACUGAAUUAUUGCAUUAAAGACAUGCGAAUAAGGCAGAGUUUCCAUCCAACGAGUCGAAGCGAACAAAAUCGUCACUUCCUGAUUACCUGGUGCCAAAUAUCAACAGUAAAAACUGAAUUUACUGCAGUAGGAGAAGCUGCGUCAAUCUUUUCUUCAUCUAAUAAAUGACUUGCGCCUCAGAAGGCAAUCCUGACAUACAGUGAACGAGCGGUGGCGUUUGAAGGUGUCAGAUGCGGAGCACAGACGCUCUUGAUUCUGGAGGUCAUUAAUAAUAUAAUAACAUUAAUACUUAAACGGUAAGGCGUUUUAGAAUGACCAAAACACCAGUUCAGAUGGUUUACAGUGUGCUCAGCCUGCUGGUUUGUCUAUUUAUACACAUUUUUUAUCAUCACAUGAUCUCUUAUCACAAAAUCACAUGACCAUUUGUGAAAUUUGUGCGGUAAAAGUGUUUCCAUCGUAGUUUAUGCACAACUUUUCUUAUCGAAUAAGUUUUUUAUGCACAUUUUCAAAACUUAUGCACAUCAUGGUGUUUCCAUCAACCGUUUUUUUAUGCGCAUAUGCAAAAUGUGCAUAAAAAUAGGUGGAUGGAAACAUAGCUACUGAUAUUUUGUAUUUUUACUAUACCUGAGUGACGAGGAACCGAAAACUGUCUAUCUUGUCCAAAUGCUCUAUCCAGAGGACUGUUUGAGUAGCCAAAAAAAUCUCCAAGAAACACAGCUGGACAUCUGCAGAUGUUAGUUUAGUCUCCAAAACUACAAUCCAAUGCAACUUAUAUCACCACAUCUAGUUUGAAAGGGUGUCAAUCAUAAUAAAGAAACACUUUCAUUCACAAACAAAUUCAAGCACUCAAGUAUUUUAAAUUAUUUUUUGGUUCAUAUUUUAAGCAAAAAAAAAACAUAAAUAUGAAAUUAUUUAUACCCCUGGCAAAUUCUGACUUAAAGUUACUUUUAUUCAACCAGCAAGUUUUAUUUUUGGACUGUACAUGACAUGGGCUUCUCCCAAAAGAUAGUAAGACAAUAAUAAAAUAUUUCUCAGCUUUUAUUUACAUUUGAAUAAAAACUUUGUCAAAAUUGGCUAAGGAUACUAAUAAUUUCAGACUUGACUGUAUAGUUUUUCACAGCAUCCAUUGUUCAUAUGUACCAAUGGUGCAUUUACAGCAAGGAAAAUAAGUAUUGAACACAUUGUGAUGUUUUUCCCUGGGAAUAAUAUUUCUAAAGGAGC